GGCCUGGGCAGAACAAUCAAGCCGAGCCAUGAGCUGAAGCUAAGAUGCACCGAGUUCGACGAGAAUGGCAGCGUCGUGCUGGUGAAUGGAGAGUUUCGAAAGAGCGAGUUGAUCCAGAAAUACUCCCUCCUACCACGAGACUUGCGCAAGAUCGACAGUAGUGUGUUGCCGCAUAUUUUCGUACGGCAAACGGCGAUAUUGAUCAAUCUGCUUCAUCUGCGAUGCCUGAUCAAACACAACCGCGUACUCGUGUUCGAUGCCUACGGCUCGACCGAUUCGGUCGCUCAAAGCUCGUUCAUGUACGAUCUCGAAGGCAAACUGCGGCAGCGACAGGGCAUUGCUGCAACCGGAAAUCUACCUUACGAGUUCCGCGCGCUGGAAGCAAUUCUCCUGAGCGUCACACAGGGGCUCGAGACCGAGUUCGAAGGAGUACGGGAGCCCGUGGUCCGAGUCUUGCGCGAGUUGGAGGAAGACAUCGAUCGACACCGACUACGACACCUCCUCAUCUUCUCCAAGAAACUGGGCACGUUCGAACAGAAAGCCCGCCUCGUGCGCGAUGCGAUUGAGGACCUGCUCGAGGCCGACGACGACCUGGCCGCCAUGUACCUCACCGAAAAAGCUCAAGGCACAGAACGCGAAGACGAGAACCACGAAGAAGUCGAGCUGCUGCUGGAAUCGUAUCACAAAGUGGCCGACGAGAUCGUGCAGGUGUCCUCCAACCUGGUCAGCGCGAUCCGUAACACGGAGGAGAUUGUGCGCGCCAUCCUCGACGCCAAUAGGAAUAGUCUCAUGCUGUUGGACCUCAAGUUCAGCAUCGGCACGCUGGGCAUAAGUGCUGGUAUGUUCAUCGCUGCGCUUUACGGUAUGAAUUUGGAGAACUUUAUCGAGGAGACGGCGUUUGGUUUCGCGGGCGUGUCCAUUGCUUCGACGAUUCUUGCGGUUGUGGCGUGUAUUUAUGGAUUGAGGAAGCUGCGUAAGGUGCAGCGGUUGUCCAUGUGGGGUGGCGGUGGG